AUGGACCAGUCUGUAUUUCGCAUCACCAAGGAGCUUAGCGACCUCCAAAAAGAUUCAGAUCUGUCCCUUGCGGUCGCCUGCCGCGAUGUCGAUGUUCGCAAUGUCAGGGCAAUGAUCAUCGGGCCGCACGAGACACCCUACGAGUUCGGCUUCUUCGAGUUUGCUUUCGUGUUUAACAAAGACUACCCUCGCAAGUCACCUCAGGUUCAAGCCACAACUACGAACGAAGGCCGCACCCGGUUCAACCCAAAUAUAUACGCCAAUGGCAAGGUUUGCCUAUCGAUAUUGGGAACAUGGCGCGGGGAUCGUGGAGAACAGUGGUCUGCUGCCCAAGGCCUCGAGUCCAUUCUGUUGUCUAUUCAAAGCUUGAUGUCCAUGAACCCCUACGAAAAUGAGCCGGGCUUUGAAGAUGCAAAGGAGGCUCAAGACCAGAAGAACCAGAAGGAUUACAUACAAAAGAUUCGCCACGAGACAAUCCGCAUCUCUGUCGUUCAUCGACUGGAAGAGUAUCUAGGCAUCAACCCCGACGGCACAGUUGGGCCAUCGAAUGUCAACGGGGAGAUCGUUUCAUCGGGCUCAACCGAGAGUGACAUGGACAUUCUGGACGAGGAAUCUAUGGUCCCAUUCGAGCCUUUCAAAGACCUUUGCAAGCGACGAUUUCUCUGGUAUUACGACUCCUACUUGGCUGCCGUCGAGAAAGGAAAGUCGGAGGUCAAGGACAACCAGUCAUUCGCCAGAAUGCCCUUUGAGAGUCAUGGCAACGGCAUGGAGGGUAAAUUCAACUACACGGAGCUGGAGAAGAGACUCAGGGUUAUCAAAGCAGCCCUCGACGCCGAGACAGAGGGAUGGGCCGCGGAAGGAUUGCAGGCUAAGGCCCAGGAAACCACGGUUGCCGUCAAUUUGCAGAGGCAGUUCGAGCAGGUCGUGGAGCACUUCAAGCGCAGGGAUCUGGCGCACAGCAUCGAGCUUAUGGACGGAAACCCCUUCGUCUGGGUGGUGACCUACUUCGGGAAGCCUAUGACGAAUCUCGACGGUGGCUUGUUUCGAAUCAAGCUCUGCUUCAGCCCACGAUUUCCUGAGGAGCAACCUCGGGCGAGGUUCGAAACCAAGAUCUUCCAUCAUCGUAUCGCCGCGGACGGUACACCCUGCUACUAUGCGCCGCAGAACCGCCGGGAGGACGUCAGGACGCACCUCGAAGCCAUCAUUGAUGCCCUCGAAGAGGAGAGCCCCCCUUAUGAUCCGCGAACUCUAGUCAAUCCCGAGGCGUUCAAGUUGUUCUGGGGCUCAGCCGAUGACCGAAAGAUGUACAAUCGGCGUCUUCGCCGGUCUGUUCAACAGUCAAUGGAGUAA